GAAUUGUCAACUCACACGUUUCUACGCUCAGUUCUCAAUUUUAAGUGGAAAAAAUGCAGAUAAUCGUCGUCGUCGUCGUUCAUCGUCGUAGUAGUAGUUUAUGAGAAAGAAGAGGUUGAAGUUGAAUGUGUGUAGAAAUAAAGUGCCGCCCGUCAACAAGAAAAAUUUAAGAAAUAUUCAAAAAACUCAUUCUGGUGGCUUAAAAAAGAUACGAAAACAGAAAUAAUCGUAACAACGCUAAAAUCAAUAAAUAUAAUGAGUUCAAUUAUUGUGCUGGAUUCGUCCGAUGAGGAUGAGAGUCCACCAAAGAAGCCACAUCUGAAAGCCUCUUCAGAUCUUUCCAGUCUGCCGCAUGGUUCGAUAAAAAAUCACACUACAAAACAAAGGAUACCAAGUGGUAUAACAGUAACACAACGACAAGCACCCACAGCAGUUCCGAUCUCUAUUGCCCCAGUCAAUGCUGCACAUCCGCCAAAGACACCUGCAUCAUUAGGAGGAACAAGGGUAAAUCAUGCCAUCACAAAUUUUAUUAAUGAUGAACGCCAGACACCUACACCACCAAAAAACCAUGGCGGAGGUCUGGCUGCACCCUUGCAAAGGAAGCGAAAGACUCCUACGCCUCCGCAAGCAAUGCCAAGGUUGGCACCAAAACCCUUUGCCAGCAUGAUGUCGUCACCUGCUGUGGCUGCCACUACUAUGUCCCCGCUACCGGCUAUAAUGCCCAUGAUUACAGGAGUUCAUUCCAUGGCCGCUGGCGCUACACCGCCAUUGCAGUUAAUGGCUACACCGCCACACAAUUUGGGAGCAUUCACUGGUCUUAAUGAACAGAUGCUCAUGAAUUCCCAUAUGUUUCACACAAAUCUGCCACCUAAUACCACCAUCACAGCCCACACUAAUCCCAAUCAAAAUAAUCUAAAUAAUAAUUUCAAAAUUCAUUUGCCACCUAAAACCGCAUCAACACCGUCGCCUGCCGCAUCUCCUGCUUCAUCGUCGGCGCCAAAAACGCCUUCCCCCCAGCUAAUGGCAUCUCAAGGCUCACGCACUGAGAAAUCUUCAAAGCGAGCAAAACUAACGACUGUCCUAAAGUCAUCCGACGAUGCCUGGGUACAACAACGUCAGAAACAUCAAUCAAAAAUCGACAAACAUCGCGAUGAUGUUAUAGAAUUGACCAUGGAAUCUCCAAAGUCGUCGUCGUCGCGGCAACAACAAACCCCGCUCACAUCACCUUCCACCCCAAAGUCUCAAAAAUCUCCGCCAAGCGAUAUUUUGGAUUUGACAGAUAGUCCAGAUAGGAAUGUCAUCAAUCUGACAGACACCCCACGCAGUAUUAAAGACGUUUCCCGCGACAAGCAAACCAAUGGUGGUGAUACACCGCCCAUAAAGAGCAGCGUAAACACCAAUGGCAAAGAUAUACGAUCGCCGGAAGCCAAUAAGGAUACUGAGGCAAAGCCCAAACUACCGUCCAAGCAACCCCUCGAACCCGAGUUCGCGGAGCUGAUAAAGGUGUGUCGCGAAGCCGAUAAAUCCGAUGACAUGGCAAAACUAAUCAAGAGUAAACUCGUCAAGUACUACUAUGAAGUUCAUGAAGAUUUUGUGAAAUCGAAGAGUUUUCGCAAAAGCAUACGAAAGGUUGUGGAGGCUAUUCGUGCUGAGCCAGACUUAGUUUACUAUAAUCUUAAGACUAUUGUAGAGGAACUGAAAAUACGGCGUAAAGCUAAAAUUGUAGAAGUUCCUACCCCAUUAACACCCACAAUAAAAACCGAGGAAAUUGCGCCUACCACCACCACAGCAACUGAUGACUCCAACUCAUCACCCACUGAGGUUGCAUCAACUUCAGCCUCCGCUGCAAAUCCGAAUGCUGCAACAUCUAGCGCCUCCACAGGCAAUAAAAAGCUGGAUGAGCAGAUUAAGAAGCUAAAUAAGGCAUUAUACGUUCUGACCAAACGUAUAGAAGUACUGGAGGAAACGGCUGUCGACUGGGAUGAUGAUGAUUCUAGUUUUCUUCAAGUGGAGCGCUUCAAGAAAAGGGCUUGCCAGAUUUACGAAAAAAUAUGCGACCUUACGGGAGAAAGUAAGAACGCACGACGUUUGGUGAAGAAGCCCAUUAAGUUCAAUGAAACCCGCAUACCACAAUUCAACAAAACAUUGCAGGCGUUUAUAAAUCGCACAAAGGAAUUCCCCGACUAUUUUGAUGUGCUUCGCAUGUUGGAGCACUGCAACCGAACCUAUAGUCUGGGCUUGGUCAAUUUCGAAAUGAGAAAUAUAGCGCAAGAUGCAUUCAUUAAAGUGGGCAAACUUUUACAAUCGAGGCGCAAGGCGGAAUUGUACGAAACUGUGACACACUAUGGGGGGAAUGUUAAAGAUCCGGCACAAAGUGAUCCCGUGUUAGCAGCUAAGCUAAGUGAAAAUCAAAAGAACCAUAAGAAAAUCAGUGAUAUUUUGGAAAAAUAUGCCCGAAGGCAAGACAUGCCGGAGGAGGAGGAAGAUGAGAAUAAGUCUGAAAAGAAAGAAAAAGAAGUUGUGAAGGAUACGUCCAUGACUGCCGACAUAGUAGUGAGUACAGCGGAAGGCCCCGUAGCAGCAGUUAUUGCGGGAGUAGUUGCGGAUGCCUGCGAAGAAACUGAAUCAGUAGUUGGAGCAAAGAAGGAUUUGGAGCAGGACACUUCUCCCAAAGAGGCCAGUUUAAUGGUGCCAGACGAAAGUGAAGAGGAAGACGACGAUGACGAGGAGGAGGACGAUGAUGAAUUAAAUCUCGAAGAGCAAGUGGAAACACUGGCCAACGGAGAAAUUUCAGACAAUGAAUCUGACACAGAAACCAGAGCGGAAAACAGCAAAGAUGCAAUAGCAGACAAAACGGAAUUAGGGGCAGAUGUUGUAUUGGCUUCAGAAAAAGUGUCUAUAGAUGACUGUCUAGAUGUUUCAGAAAUUCACGACGAGAUUUUUCAAACAGCCAACGAAAAAGACUUGCGGGAAAGUAAUAAGAGUUACGAUGCGAAAACAGUCAUCAACCCAGCUGUAAGGGAUUGCUUGAAUCCGCCCAAUGGAAAAAUCAAAGAAUCCAUUAAGGUCGUCGAUAUUUGCAACAACUCUACCAGCCCCUUGAAUGCCUUGGUAGACCCCCCUGCAACUACUACGACUACAACCACCACCGCCAUUGCAGAUCUAAAGAUAGUCCCUGUUUCUAGUCUAAACACUGAGAAUUCACUGAGAUCUCCCAAAAACAGCGAGUGUAACACUAAAAUAACUUCACAGUCGGCUGGUGUUGUCAAAUCUUUGGAGGAAAUUGUUAUAUCCGAUGAGGAAUCAUAGUGUCUACUUGAUUUAUCUAUGCCUAAGUUCUCUUAAUUAUUUAUUUAUUAUAUACAUAUAUAAAUAUCUUUAUAUAUACAUGUACAUUUAGAAUAAUUCUUGAUUUUUUUUUUGUUGUUUUUAUGUUUGUUUCCAAUUAAGAUGUGUUCCAAUUUUAAUUUACUUGUACUUUUAUUCUCUUUAGGUUUAGAUGUGGCUUUGUAAGCUGUACAUAUUCCUAUUAUCUAAUAAUUAGUGGCCCCUAUCUCCUAAACAACAUACAUUUUUUAACAAGAACGAGUUUUUCUCAAAAAUUGCGUUUCAAUGUAAAUACUACCCACUGCAAAUGAAGAAAUAUCUUUUAUAUAAAGUCAUACUUACAGUAAGCAGAAAAAACUAAGAAUAAGAAGAUCGGAUAUAUGAAUGAAUAUAAAUAAAAUUUAUAUUUUGUAACCAUUUCAUUAUCAUGGCAAUGAUGUGUAUGUA